CUACACUUUCAACGAAACCCUUUAAUCGUAUACUUUCUAUAAAUUUUUAUUAAACAGCUUUGCUUAAUCUGUGUUUAAUUAAAAUAUUUUAAAAAAUCGAUUACAAUCAAUAAUAUUUUGACAAUUUCUUUUCUGUUUAUUAUCUUAGAACGUAACUGUGUUGUGUUUUCUAUUUUUUUUUUAUCGGACAGUAAUGAUAGUUUACUUAGCAAGUGCAGUUUAUUAGUGCAACAUUCCGUUGUAAGCAGUUUCAAUACAAACAGGAAGCCAUGUCUCUGCUAUGGAUGACCGCUUUUAGCCUCGGUUUGACGGUUGGCGCGACUUAUGCUGUCGUUAAAGGGAACUCUUACAGUAGAAGAGGUGUACAAAGACAGAGACCAGUUCGCGGCCUUGGUGCGCGAAGUAGCAGCUCCGGACGUCGGUCGAAUGGGAAUAGAGAUACUCUCAUUCACGAUCAAGGACGUUUACGAUCAAGUCGAGUACCUGUCCAGCUUGGGCAGGGCGCAGAUCGCCGUGGUGAAGAGAGAUGCUGAUAUUGGAGUUGCGCAGGCUCACAGGGAUGCCGGAAUCAGGGAGGCAGAAUGCGAGAAGAGCGCGAUGGACGUGAAGUAUGCUAUGGACGCCAAGAUCGAGGACAACAUGCGUUUAUACAAGCUGCAGAAGGCUCAGUUCGACCAGGAAAUCAACACUGCCAAAGCCGAAGCAGCCCUAGCAUACGAGUUGCAAGAAGCUAAGGUCAAACAGAAGAUCCGAACCGAAGAAAUCCAGAUCGAAGUAGUCGAGCGCCGCAAACAAAUUGAGGUGGAGCAACAAGAGAUCUUACGUCGGCAGGAAGAGCUGAUGGCCACUGUGCGCCUGCCUGCCGAGGCGGAGGCUUUCCGUCUGCAGACAAUCUCCCAAGGAAUGCGUACUAAAAAAAUUGAAGAAGCAAAGGCGGACGCAGAACGUAUGAAAGUGAUUGGUCUUGCCGAAGCCGCCGCCAUCGGCGAUGUGGGCAAGGCUGACGCCGAGCGAAUGCUUGCCAAGGCGAAAGUGUACAAGGAAUAUGGCGACGCUGCUCUUAUGGCGUUGGUCCUUGAAGCUUUGCCUAAGAUCGCUGCUGAGGUAGCAGCUCCUCUGGCCAAGACGGACGAGAUCCUGCUGGUAGGAGACGGUGGCGCGACCGGCGAAGUGGCGCGUCUGGCCGGGAGCAUCCCGCCGGCAGUCAAGAUGCUGACCGGGCUUGACAUGUCCGCAGCACUCAGGCGAUUGCACCCGAAAGAAGCUGGAAGUGAACCGGCAGCGACGACUACAAAGAAGGCUAUUUCUUAAGACGACGUUAAUAAUUCUGCAUUUGGCGUAUCUAUAUGUUCACCUCAGCAUUCGAAGUUUUUAUUAAAGAAAUCUAAACUUGACUUCAAAUAUAUUGACAACUCUUUGCGAAUAUUUCGAACUUACGAAAAAAAUGCGAAUUCGAAGAAUACAAUAAGACUUUCAAAAGCAGAAGUGUUUCCACCGAUUACGUGUUUUUAGUAAGUAAAUAAAUGUUUAUUUAAAAGUACAAACUUUCUCGUACAAAUGCUUUUGCUUUUAUAAAAAUGUAUCAAAGGUGAAGUGCAUUUAUUUAUUUUCCAUCUUAAAUAAAUGUAAUUUUUAUCUUGACUAUAAAUGAGAUCACUUACAUAUUAAUCAGAGAUGUAUCUGUAAUUUUAUAUUUAAUUAUCGCAGCUAAAGAAUAAUUUAUGGAUCAUGUACAAUAUGUGGCUAGUUAUAUUCGUAACGGAAUUAGAUUUUUUACAAUUAUAUUUAGAAUUAUUAACUUAUGUAUCUUAUGCAUUUGACAAAGUGUUCAUGUUUUAUCGGGACACUGCCUUUGAUUAAAAAAAGUGUGUUUCAUCUACUAAUGCGUGCAGUACAGACACUCUACUGGAUUAUUAGAAUGAUUGACAAUUUUUUUUAUCACUUAAGGAAAUAUUCAACUAAUAAAGUUUUAAAACUGUCUUCAAAUGUCCUAGUUUUCGUUAUACUUUCGAAAACAAUUGUGAAAUCAUAAUCAAUAUAAAACUACCAUAUUAUAUAUCCUAAAUAAUAAUAAUGUAUCACCUGAAUGUUUUCUUGUUUUAAAAUAGCACUUGUGACUGUGGUUGUACUUUAGUGUGGAGUGUGUAGUGGUUUUAGUAAAUAUAAUAAGAAUUGGCGCCAAAAUUUUUUAAUUUCCAUUUUUCUCAAAAUUCAGAAGAAAAUUUUGUUUUUUUGAUAAUAUUUUUUAGGUGCUAUCUAUUUAGAACUUUUCUAAAACAUGUUUACAAAUUACAAACUGCAAAU